GGUCUCUUCUUCCACCGAUAUGCUGUUGCAGGUUCAUUCAUGGAAGUUCCCUUUUCUCUGUGAUAAAGCCCUCAUUACUAUCCCUCCCACGCUUCUCAUCAAAUCCCCUUCCGUUGAACGCUCUUCAACCCGAGCUUUGAAGAGCUCCAUAUACAGUCAGCGAACUUCUAUUUCUCCAAUUACAUCGUCGUCCUCUCUAUCAACAAACGAAGAAGACGACCACAUUCCUCUUCGGGAUAUCUGCGAAGGUUGCGUGCCUGAUCAUAUCUUGCGCAGGGUUGAAGAACUCGGGUACCUUAUGCCUACAGAGAUUCAGAGACAAGCUCUACCAGUCCUAUUCUCUGGUCGUGAUUGUAUUCUUCAUGCCCAGACAGGUUCCGGAAAAACCUUGGCAUACCUGUUAUUGAUAUUUUCGGUAAUAAACACUCAAAGAUCAGCAGUACAAGCACUGAUUGUGGUACCAACUAGGGAGCUGGGCAUGCAAGUUGCAAAAGUUGCUCGCAUGCUGGCUGCAAAGUCGGAUCAACCAGUUUUGGAAGACAAGUCCUGCACUAUUAUGGCACUUCUAGACGGAGGAACUUUAAGAAGGCAGAAGAGCUGGUUAAAGUCUGAACCCCCUACAAUAAUUGUUGCAACUCUGGGAAGCUUAUGCCAAAUGCUUGAGAAGCAGACGAUCAAACUAGAAUCAAUGCGCGUGCUAGUGAUAGAUGAGGUUGAUUUCAUGUUUAAUUCUUCGCAUCAAGUUAGCUCUCUCCGAAAGCUAUUGAUAUCCUACUCGUCAAUCAACAAUCGUCAAUCAAUUUUUGCUAGUGCGUCAAUCCCCCAGCACAGACGGUUUUUAUACGACUGUAUACAGCAGAAGUGGACCAAGGCCGAUGUUGUCCAUAUUCACGCAAAUCCGGUUCAACCUAUGCCUCCACGUAUACAUCACAGAUUUUUGAUAUGUAGUAGAAGCGAAAGACAUUCUGCAUUGUUGUCCUUGUUGCAAUCUGAUGCACCUCAGUCUGCCAUAAUUUUUGUUAAUCUACAGUCUGAGAAGUCCAAGAAGGCAGGAAAUGCUCCUUCUACUACUGUUCUAAUUGAUGCUCUGAAGAAUUCACACAUAGGGGGUCACGAAAUUCUGCUAUUAGAGGAAAAAAUAAAUUUCAACUCGAGAGCAGCAUCAUUCUCUGAACUGAGACAAGGAGGAGCUUACCUUCUGGUGGCAACCGAUAUAGCAGGUAGAGGCGUUGAUCUGCCUGAUACGACCCACAUAUAUAACUUCGAUUUACCAAAAGAUGCAGUACACUAUCUACAUCGAGCUGGAAGAACAGGUAGAAAACCAUUCUCAGAAAGUGAAUGUCUUGUUACGAGCAUAAUAACAUCAGAGGAGCGAUUUGUGUUGCAAAGAUAUGAAAAUGAAUUGAUGUUUCACUGUGAUGAGCUGUUUCUAUAAGCAUUAGUGUUGUGCCAUUUUGAUGUAAUUUAAUUUCAAUAUCAUUUUCCAUGGUG